GCUUCAGAGCACUUGUCACUUGACUUGGGGAAGGAAGACUGCACAGGAGCUGGGGUGUAGGGGAGGGUCUCUGUUGGAAGUUUCCUUAGUUAGCUAUUUUUAAACAAACAAAACAUUGUGUGCAGGUUUGUGUUCUGGGGUAAUCUGAGCAAAAUUUGCUCUCUUAAGAGGGAAGGAACAGAGUGGGGGUGCCAGGCUGGGCUAGUUGAAUGGUGGAACUUGGGAUACGGGGGGCAUUGGAAGUAACAGUCUCGUUACAUGAAAAAUCCACGCAAGAGGAAGCAGAAAUGGGCUGGUGACAGUAAAUUGGAGUUUCCUAAACCUUGCUUUGGGUUGGCACAUCAGUUUCAAGCAAUAAGUGCUUUUUUAAGAGUGAGUCCUGAACAAAAUUUCCCAGCCAGUCUCCAGGGGAUCAGACCUGUGUUCCCCUUUCCCAGUUGGCUACUAUUAUAACUGAGCAAACCAAGCAGCAGCUGAGGCUGGAGAUCAUAUUAGGGCAAACGAGACGGUGGGUCCUGCAAAACAAACCUCUGCCCAAGACCAAAGAAAAACUGCUUCACAUGCUAUUCCUGGUUUGCCCGUUGGUAUUUCGCAGUGUGUCAGACCCACUAGGCAAUUCGAAAACGGCAGGGCCCUCGGCAGCCAGGGGUCACGGCAGGGCAGCCACCGCAGACAGCACCAGCAAGCGCCAGGUGCCGGGGCCGAACAAAUAUUAGUAACUUGUAACUGUCUCCCUCGCUCCUGGCCCGGGCGCGGGGCUUUGCAGCUACCCCGCCCGCGUUGGCGCGAGUUCCCGGGCCGGCGGUCAAACAGCAGCUCCCAGCAGCGGGGUUACUGGAAGGCACCUCCGUCGCUGCUCUGUGGAGCCCCGUGACUGCCGCCAGCUUCUCUCCCUCCUUUGUUUUCGGGAGUGGAGUUACUCGUCUAAUCUUUUAUAAGUCAACUAGUCCCAGUUUAUAUAGGAUUUGAGAAAAAGAGCAGGUGAAUGAGUGAAUGGUAAAAUUGUAAGAAGACUCCUGGGCCAGCCCUGAAAUAAUCCGAAGGAGGGACUGAGGAGAUAAGGAGAGACUAAGGAAUUUUAGGACAAUAUAAUGUGACCUUGAGGAGUUCGGGUGGGCGAGCCUAAGAGGUGGAGGCCCAGAGAGGGAAAUUUAGCCGGGCUGCCGCUAUGGUCCGGGUGCGGAGCCCUGAAAGGUCCUCACCUUCCCGGGGUCACGCCAGGUCCCCCGAGUGAAGCCAUCACUCCCUAACUUGCCACUUCCUCACGUGUUCUUGGCAUGGCGGGGAUUAAAAAUGCAAGGAAAAAAAUUACAUGCGGAACGGACAGAAUGUUCUCACAGAUUACUUAAGGAAAAAAAAAAGUGAAAUGCAGAUUGUACUUUUUUUCUCUUUAGUGCAGACGCGACUUUUCUUUCCGCACCCUCCCCUCCACAUUCCUGACCUCUCCCUCCCCCUUCCCUCUUUCUUUCCUUCCUUCCUCCUCUUCCAAGUUCUGGGAUUUUUCAGCCUUGCUUUUGGCCAAAAGCUCAAAAAGGCGUUUUCGGAAGCGACUCGGCCGUGCACAAGGGCCGUUUGUUUGUUUUGGGACUUGGGGCAGGAAAUCUCCCUGCGCCUGAGUCACGGCGGCUCCUUCAAGGAAACGUCAGUGCUCGCCGCUCUCCCUGUCGCCCGCCGCGCGUCCAGAAGCCGGUGCCCAUGGGGGAGAUGCAGGGCGCGAUGGCCCGGGCCCGGCUUGAGUCCCUGCUCCGGCCCCGCCACAAAAAGAGAGCCGAGGCCCAGAAAAGGAGUGAAUCGUUCUUGCUGAGCGGACUGGCUUUCAUGAAACAGAGGAGGAUGGGUCUGAACGACUUUAUUCAGAAGAUUGCCAACAACUCCUAUGCAUGCAAACACCCUGAAGUCCAGUCUAUUUUGAAAAUCUCCCAACCUCAAGAGGCUGAGUUUAUGAAUGCCAACCCUUCUCCUCCACCAAGUCCCUCUCAGCAAAUCAACCUUGGCCCAUCAUCCAAUCCUCAUGCAAAGCCAUCUGACUUUCACUUCUUGAAAGUAAUUGGGAAAGGCAGUUUCGGAAAGGUCCUUCUGGCAAGACACAAGGCAGAAGAAGUAUUCUAUGCAGUCAAAGUUUUACAGAAGAAAGCCAUCCUGAAAAAGAAGGAGGAGAAGCAUAUUAUGUCAGAGCGAAAUGUCCUACUGAAGAACGUGAAACACCCUUUCCUGGUGGGCCUUCACUUCUCUUUCCAGACUGCUGACAAAUUGUACUUUGUCCUAGACUACAUUAACGGUGGAGAGUUGUUUUACCAUCUCCAGAGGGAGCGAUGCUUCCUGGAACCACGGGCUCGUUUCUAUGCUGCUGAAAUAGCCAGUGCCUUGGGUUACCUGCACUCUCUGAACAUCGUAUACAGAGACUUGAAGCCAGAGAAUAUUUUGCUAGAUUCACAGGGACACAUCGUCCUAACUGACUUCGGGCUCUGCAAGGAGAACAUUGAACACAACGGCACGACAUCCACCUUCUGUGGCACACCUGAGUAUCUAGCACCAGAAGUGCUUCAUAAGCAGCCUUAUGACAGGACAGUGGACUGGUGGUGCCUGGGGGCCGUUUUAUAUGAGAUGCUGUAUGGCCUGCCUCCUUUUUACAGCCGAAACACUGCUGAGAUGUACGACAAUAUUCUGAACAAGCCCCUCCAGUUGAAGCCAAAUAUCACAAAUUCUGCAAGACACCUCCUGGAAGGCCUUCUACAGAAGGACAGGACAAAGAGGCUUGGAGCCAAGGACGACUUUAUGGAGAUUAAGAACCAUGUCUUCUUCUCCCUAAUUAACUGGGAUGAUCUCAUUAAUAAGAAGAUUACUCCCCCUUUUAACCCAAAUGUGAGUGGGCCCAGUGAUCUGCGGCACUUUGAUCCCGAAUUUACCGAAGAGCCUGUCCCCAACUCCAUCGGCAGGUCCCCAGACAGCAUCCUCAUCACGGCCAGCGUCAAGGAGGCUGCUGAAGCUUUCUUGGGCUUCUCGUAUGCACCUCCCAUGGACUCUUUUCUCUGAAGAGUCCUAGGUUGCUUUUUGAAGGAUUUUGUGUGUGUCUUUAAAUGUGUUAGUUAGCCUUUUGGCAGAGCUGCCAGCUGACAGGACACCUUAAAGAGAAUUUGCACAUCUCUGGAAGCUUGGCAGUCUUCAUCGCGCACUGUUUGCUGGAAGCGUUUUGAAGAGCACAUCCUCCCUUCAGUGAGCUCAUAAGGUUUUCACUUUUAUUCUUCCUCCCAACGUGGUGCUAUACCUGAAAUGAGUGUUAGAGCCAGGCCCUAGACAGAUGCAGUGGUGUGUUUGAGGGAAGACACUGUUCUGAAGAAGGACCUUCUGAAGGUCUGUCAGGGCUGUGCUGCUGACGAUGACGAAAUGUGCCUUUUCUGAUGAGAGCAUGUGAGCUCCAAAGCUUUUCCUCUUGCGCAGUGUUCCAGUCCUUUAUUUUUCCUCGUUGAUUUGCUGCGUGAGCAGUGGUAUGAGUGUGGUAUGCGUGAUCACAGAUGGGUUGAGUCCUAGGCAUCAGUGUGACACUUGCAGGACACUACAACGUGGGACGUUGUUUGUUUCUUCCAUAUUUGGAAGAUAAACUUAUGUGUAGACUUUUUUUUUUUUUUGUAAGAUAGACUUAAUAACUAAAAUUUAUUGAAAUGGUCUUGCAAUGACUUGUACCCAGAUGCUUAAAGAAAGCAUUGCUGCUACAAAUAUUUCUAUUUUUAGAAAGGGUUUUUAUGGACCAAUGCCCCAGUUGUCGGUCAAAGCCGUUGGUGUUUUCAUUGUUUGAAACGUCACCUGUAAAAUGGGCAUUAUUUAUGUUUUUUUUUUGUUUUGUUUUGCAUUCCUGAUAGUUGUGUGUAUUGUAUAAAGAAGGUCUGUACAUUGGGUUAUAACACUAGUAUAUUUAAACUUACAGGCUUAUUUGUAAUGUAAACCACCAUUUUAAUGUACUGUAAUUAACAUGGUUAUAAUAUGUACAACCUUUACCCUCUCCCCCCACCACACAACUUUUAUUGUGUGUGAUGAACCAAUUUUGGUUUGCAAUAAAACCUUGAAAAAUA